AUGAAGCCAAAGAGAUCAAAUGCCUGUAUAAAACUCUUCUACAUGCUUCUCAGGGAUGACCACGGAGGUGACCCUUACCAUGGUGGCUAUGACCUGGGUUAUGGAGGUGGUGGAGGACCCAGCUACGCCCCUCCUCAGCCGUGGGGUCACCCUGACAUGCACCUGAUGCAGCCUCAUCAUGGAAUCCCCAUCCAGGCCAGGCUGGGAAACAUUCAUGAUAUGGAUCUCGGUCCUCCCCUUCCUGUGAUGAAGACCUUUAAGGAGUUCCUGCUGUCCCUGGACGACUCUGUGGAUGAGACGGAGUCGGUCAAACGCUACAAUGAGUACAAGAUCGAUUUUAGGCGUCAGCAGAUGCAGGACUUCUUCCUGGCCCAUAAAGAUGAAGAGUGGUUUCGUUCAAAGUACCACCCGGAUGAGGCUGGGAGGCGUAAAGCAGAAGCCCACAGUGCUCUACAGAACCGGCUGAACGUCUACAUGUAUCUGAUGGACAAUAACUGGUUUGAACCUGUCUCUUUGGAGAUAGAGCAUGCUCCACAAAUCACCAAGAUUUUAGAUGCAGCCGUAAUAAAAAUGGAAGGAGGAAUGGAAAAUGACCUGCACAUCCUGGAACAGCCCACUGAGGAAGAGGAGGAGCGAGAGAGACUGGCAUCUGGUGUACCUGGUUCUGAAGCUCUUAAACGGGACGAGCCCAGGCCAGCAGAUGUUGAGCGCAAACCCUCGACUGAAAAAGACAAGCUGGGUGAGGGUGAUGAGGGCACUGAGAAGGAUGCAGCCGCUUCUGCAGGAGGAAGUGAAGGAGAGGAGAAGACUGAAAAAGAAGCACCUGCUGAACCAAUCCCAGAACCCAAGAAGUUAAGCAAGAAGAGAAAGAGGAAGCACAGUGGAGACAGUGAAGAUGAAGCCAGUGCAUCUGACAGCGAAUCCGAUUCGGACUCCGACUCGAACUCUCACUGCUCAGAGAAACCCUCAGAAAGAGAGAGAGAACCAGACGAGGGAGAGGAUAAGGAGGAAGAGGAAGAAGAGGAGGGGGAAGCCGCUGAUGUGAAGGAGCGAACGGAGGAGCAGAAGGAAAGGGAGAAGGAAAAGCAGAAGAAACCAAAGGACGAUCAGCCUCCACGACCUCGACCUCUUCACAGGACAUGCUCUCUCUUCAUGAGGAGCAUCGCUCCAACCAUAUCUAAAGCAGAGAUCGUCGCUCUGUGUCGACGUUAUCCAGGAUUUAUGCGUGUUUGUUUGUCAGAACCGCAGCCAGAGCGUAGGUUUUUCAGGCGUUGUUGGGUGACCUUCGACAGAGGUGUGAACAUCAAAGAGAUCUGCUGGAACCUGCAGAACAUCCGGCUGCGGGACUGUGAGCUGGCUCCUGGGGUCAAUCGAGAUCUGGCACGUCGUGUGCGGAACGUAAACGGAAUCACUCAGCACAAGCAGGUUCUGCGUAAUGACAUCAAGCUGGCUGCUAAACUGAUCCAUGCACUGGAUGACCGGGAGAGGGUAUGGAGCCACAAACCCAGAGAAGAGACACACACUCUGGAGCUCCCUGCUCAGAACCCCAUUUUGAAGAACAUCACCGAUUACCUGAUUGAGGAAGUGAGUGCAGAGGAGGAAGAGCUUCUGGGAAGUGCAGGAGGAGCCGACUCUGAGGAGGGAUCCAAAGAGGGAAACCCCACUGAGAUAACUGUGGAGAGAGAUGAAAAACUUGUCAAGGUGUUGGAUCGUCUUCUGUUCUAUCUGCGUAUCAUACACUCUAUUGAUUAUUAUAACACUUGCGAGUACCCGAGCGAGGACGAGAUGCCAAACCGCUGCGGCAUUAUCCAUGUGCGAGGGCCCAUUCCCCCCAACCGCAUUACUCACAGAGAGGUGGCUGACUGGCAGAAGACAUUUGAAGAGAAGCUGGGACACUUGUUCAGUGUGAAGGAAUCCCUGUCUGAAGAUGAGGCAGCAAAGAUGGGCCGCAAAGAUCCAGAACAGGAAGUGGAAAAGUUUGUGCUGGCCAACACACAGGAACUGGGCAAAGACAAGUGGCUUUGUCCUCUAAGUGGCAAAAAGUUUAAGGGCCCAGAGUUUGUGAGGAAGCACAUUCUAAACAAACAUGGUGACAAGAUUGAGGAAGUAAAAAAAGAGGUCGUCUUUUUCAACAACUUCCUGAUGGAUGCAAAAAGACCCUCCAUCCCAGAGAUGAAACCUCCACCUCCUCCAGGCCCAGGACAGGGAGUGCUUUCACCGGGAGGUCUUCCAUUCCCACCUCAGGGUCCUCAAGGUCUCAUGGGUUUCGGCCAGCCCAGACCUCCAGUGAUGGGUUAUGGAGGUGGUCCUCCUUACCCACCCAACCAGUAUGGUGGAGGCGGCAGGGGCAACUACGACAACUUCCGUGGACAAGGCGGUUACCCUGGAAAGCCUAGAAACAACCGAAUGAUGCGUGGGGAUCCUCGCAAUAUCAUUGAAUACCGUGACUUAGAUGCUCCAGAUGAUGUGGACUUCUUUUAGAGCUCCAGUUUUAUUCUCUCAGUUUUAAUCUUUUUUUUUUUUACCGUUGUCUCAGCAUUUUCUUUUUUUUUGCAUUCAUUCCAGAAGCUGCCCCUUACCGUCUUCUCUGGUACACUCAUAUGUAUUACAGUAGUGCUCCACCUGAAGUGAACGCAUGUCCUUUAUGUUGAACGUCAUUGCAUACUCUGUGUUAUAGAUAUUGAGCUUGUGCUUGUGGCCUUUUUUCUUCCAAUAAAACUUUGAUUUGGA